UAAAGCUCUAAUUGCUAGCGCUACGUCUGGAGUUCCGGCAGUAAAGUUAAAACCGCGGUAAGAGGUCUUAGAUAGCGAUAGACCGCCCGUAAUUGGCUUUAUUGAAACCCCUGCGUUAAUCAUGUAGAAAUCAUCACGAUAAUAAUGAUACUAAACACUCGCUGAAAUCAAGGGAACCUACGUUUACAAAGCCAUACAAGUGAACUGGAGACGUCAGAAUCGAAACUUACCAGGCUCAGCGUGUGUUAGUGUAUUUUUAAUUUCCCCCCAUAAGAUGUGAAAUCUUAAUUAGAUGAGCUAAGUGCGUCUUUAAAUCUUUUGGACUCGCUUUCUUCGGACAGAAUCCUGAAAAUAAAUUAAUAAUUUUGACUGUUGAGUCUACUAAUGAGUCUUAAAGGCGGGAACAAACAAAUGAGUUCAUGAUGGAAAUGUGUCCUUGACCGCAUGUCUCAGAAUGUUUAUAAUGUUCACAGUAGUUUAAAUUUUUCGGAAUUACGCACUUUUUGAGAUUUGUGCAUUGGAUUAAAGUUGAUUUCUCGUAGGUGCAAGAGGUUUCAAGUGAUGCUUUCAAAGGAAAGAAGGUUCUUGUUGGUCCUGUCAUUCAUAUUAAGUUCACUCCUAAAGUUGAGUUAAGUGAUCCUUCGCAAGUCAGUUUGAAUUGUCCUGUCUUGAUAAGUGUACCCAUCGACUCGCAACAACGCCAGAUUAAGUUAACGAAAAUGUCAUCAAGGCUCGUUAAAGUGUUUUUCCGUGGCGGUAAAGACAAUUCAUGGAAAUGGGUUGACUGGACAAAGAAGCUGAGGGUGCCUCCAAAACUGGAAAACGGGAUUGUGACAUUCGAAGUAGACGGGACUGCUACAUGUCAAAUCAAUCGCUUCUUGGAAUGUGUGGUGAUACUUGAUUCUUCUAAAACACCCCUGGACGCUGAAGAGCUUUUUAUCGUGGACUCCGCCUGUCCGCAACAUUUAGGAUUUUUCGCUUUCUGGCGUCAGAAAGAAGAGCAACCAACGCAAGACCCAGAGCUAGGAUCGCUGUUUCUUGGCUGUUUUCCACUCCACAUGAAAACUGAGUUAGCAAAAGAGAUAUCUUCAGAGCAUGGUGUUCUUUUCUAUGGAGAAGCCAAGUCAGCUAGGCAACUCGCCGAUGGGGAUCAAGCACUCUUUUCUCUGUCAAGAAGCCUCACUCCAGUUGAUGAAGGAAUUGAUAUAGAUUAUACCCCCGUUAAAUUCUCGGUUCGUUUCGAAGCACCAACGAUAGAAUUUUUUAAAAGGGAAAAUCACAAGGAAGGGCGAGAAAAACUUUGCUCUCUGUUUCUUCAUCCAGUGGCACCGUUUGAGAACCGCUCUCCAGCAAUUUCCGGGGAGAUAUCUCAGUCGCAGGAGCAACCGCCGGUUUGUGAACCUUCAACUUCUGUGGAGUCGCCAGUAAAAGAUUUGGCCCAAAUCGAAGAGCUGAGAAAGUCAGUUGUUACUCUAAAGAUAGCAACACUUUGUAACAAACAUAUAGGAAGCUGCUGGAAAAAAGUUGGAAUAUUUCUUGGAGUUGAUGAGGCCGAAAUUUGCAACAUAGAAAGUGAUUACGGUAAAGUUCGCGAUAAGGGAGGUGCUGUUCUCCAGUCCUGGAGGGAUAAGAAUGGAAGCAAUGCAACUGUGGGACGUCUUGAGUCUACCCUUAUUGCAAUAGGCAUGAAAAGGAUCGCAGAAAAAUUGCUAGAUAUUGCGCGAGAGGAAAUAGGAAGAGAAAGUGAACAAAACGGCGACGGUUCAGUAGAGCAACAAGAUACAUGUAGCAGCCCAGUAGAAGGCGACAAAGAGGGUGAGACCGGGCAACGCCCAACCAGGGAGAGAGAAGUUUCACCUGAGACGAUGCCUGGUACUUCAGGAGAAGUAGAUGCACCGAGAACACGAGACAUAGAGCAAAGUGAAAGGAGCGAUAAAACGGCAAGUAGCCAGAGGAAGUUGAAUGAGUUAAGACAAAGUAUCGAAAAAGUUAGAGAGAUGAAUCAAGCUGUCACGAGAAUCAAAGCUAGAGUUGAUGAACUUCCAAGUAGACAGCUAAACACGGGACGGAACGAGCCAUUUGACACGACGAACAGCUUGCUGAGGGAGGUUGCUGCAUUACAAGAAGCAAUUGUACGAAGAGCAAGGAAUGAAAAUCUAGAGGGGCUGAGAGAAUUGAUGGAAAAAGUCAGAAAGGCAAGAGAAGAUCUCUCAGGGGCAUCAUGAGGAGGCAAUUUCGUAAUGUCGUCACCGCAUAAUGCUAUGCUCUUUAUCAAUGUCGGCUCUUUUCAAUGGGAGACAAAAUACUAACCGAAAGCUAGAAUAGGAAAGAACUGAGGUGGUAUAUGACUCAGGGUUCAAAAUUGCAACCAGCUGUUUCUUGGGCGAUUAACCCAUCAACAAACGGAAUGUCCAUCAUAAUUUCCUUGCACUCUUUUACACUUAGCUGGUGAUCAUUUCUGAGUAGGAAUAUCUUGGAAGCAAAGAAACGUCUUCAAAACCUCGUAUUUAGUAGCUUGUUGUGAGCCUAAAAUUGUACGGAUCGUAUUUGUUUGGCAACCAAAUCUACCAUAUGAAGAUUAGAACAAAGAAAACCUAAUCGCCCUUGGCACUUGUGUAAAAAACUUAUAGAGGCUAUUUGAAACCCCGUUUACAAUGUCGCAACAAAAAGAGCGAGGCAGAUUGGAACAUCUUCUAGUUUUAUGGACUCUGCUUCAUAUGGCUGUUCAAACUUUGGUCACUUUCACCAUCAGACAUCUUCAGGACUUCUCUUGGCCGAACGAUCAAAUUACUCGACUGAAAAUAGAAUGUAAAAGAUAACAGAGGCGAAUGUCUGCGUAAAGUAAGAAAAAAAAAAAAAACGUACAAACAAGUCCGGUUCGUACUUUCAAAACAUGGAUGUUUUUCUUUGAAUGGUCCAAUUUCAGUUAAGCUAGAGAACAUUUAACAUUCCUACUGGCUUAUAUCACAUCAAAUAUCAGAAGAGGUAAUUUCCGCCGACAAAUUUUCAAGCACAUUUUCGCGCCACAUGGAGGCUACUGUAACGUAUUGUAUUAAUUGUGGUAUAUUGUAGCAAACCGCUUUCUAGGAAGAUAAAAACAGAGUUACAC